AGCAGCCUCAGAUCCGCUCCGGAGCUCCGAGCAGCGGCCGCACGCUCUCGACAUGCCCGCGGAGUGAGCGAGGACGGCGGCCACACUGUCUGCAACGCCCCGCUGGAUUCUCUGGAGGUUUUUUUUUUCAGUCAAGACGGAUAUUUCGCGGGGAUUUUAUGGCACGCGCCCGCAAGAAUAGACCCGAUGGAGCGGUGGUCCGUCCUCCGCCGGAGCGUCGAGGGGCCUGAUCCAUGUCCGCGCCCCGGCCAACAGCGCUGAUUCCUGGGUACCUCCGCCUCCGCCGCCCCUGACCCCGGGCCUCCCCGCUCCCUCUUCCGCCUCCUCCGUACAAUGUCCGUCAGCAUGAUCGGGAAACUCAAGCAGAACCUCCUCGUCGCCUGCCUGGUCAUCAGCUCCGUCACCGUCUUCUACCUGGGACGUCACGCCAUGGAGUGCCACCACAGGAUCGAGGAACGCGGCCAGAGCGGCGUCGCCAUCCCGCUGUCCGCCGUCGGGGGCAGCAUGCGGACCACGUUGCGGACGGGCCAGAACCUCAGCACGCCGUUCCUCUACAGCAAGGACAUGCCCCUGGUGUUCAUCGGAGGAGUGCCGAGGAGCGGGACGACGCUGAUGCGCGCCAUGCUGGACGCGCACCCCGAGAUCCGCUGCGGGGAAGAGACCAGAGUCAUCCCGCGGAUUUUGGCGAUGAAGCAGAUGUGGAGCCGGUCGGGGAGGGAGAAAAUGCGACUGGACGAGGCGGGCGUGACGGACGAGGUUCUGGACGCCGCCAUGCAAGCGUUUUUGCUGGAGAUAAUCGUCAAACACGGAGAACCGGCGAACUUCCUGUGCAACAAGGACCCGUUCGCGCUGAAGUCGCUGUCGUAUUUAGCCAAAAUUUUUCCAAAGGCGAAGUUCGUGCUCAUGAUCCGCGACGGGAGGGCGUCCGUGCAUUCCAUGAUCUCCCGGAAAGUGACGAUCGCGGGGUUCGACUUGGGGAGUUACCGGGACUGUCUGACCAAAUGGAAUCGCGCCAUAGAGACGAUGUACACGCAGUGUCUGGACGUGUCCGACAAGUGUCUGCCGGUGCAUUACGAGCAGCUCGUCCUGCACCCGGAGAAGUGGAUGAGGACUUUGCUCAAGUUCCUGGAGAUUCCCUGGAACGACGCGGUUCUGCAUCACGAGGAGCUCAUCGGGAAGGCCGGCGGCGUGUCCCUGUCCAAGUGA